AUGCCGACAUCGCGGAUUGGUUGCAGAAUAUUCCAGAUACCAUGGCAACGUAUCGUCAAUGCCACGGAAAUGGUGGCCUCGUCGCACGAAACCUUCGCACAGAAGAUCGAGGAAGAUGUGGAACGCCCUCUAAGGGAUUACCACACCAAGAACCGCGAAUUGGCAUCUUUGCCUGGAGUCCAGAGCGAUCUUGCAACUCUUGCGAAGAAUUUGGAAGCAUCGCUCAAAAAGGUGGAGAAAGCCAGAGAGAAAGGCCCGAAGGGUGCAGAUAAGCUGGCUGGUGCGGUUGCUGCCUCUGAAGGAGUUAGGCAGGAAUGGGAGUCCAGGGCACCUUUCGCUUUUGAACAGCUCCAAGCGGCUGACGAGAGUCGACUUAACCAUCUGCGAGACGCGCUCACCCAGCUGGAAACUCACGAGUCGGAUCAGGUUGAGCGCUGCCGUCAAGCGGCAGAAACUUGUUUAAAUGUACUUCUCAAUGUGGAGACCGCAGACGAAAUCAAAACAUUUGCUGAAAAGGUCAAUGGGGGAAGGCCGGUUGUAUUGAGGCAACAGACCUCUCCUACCCCUGCAGCAGCACCUUCUGGACCACCUCCACGCCUUCAUGAUGACACUGCUAGUCAACGCUCAGAGACUUCUGGUCCUGUCAGAACACCACCUGCACCUGAGCCCCAACCCCGCCAUAGCACACCCCUUGGCGGACUCAAGCGAUUGGGUACCGUCAUGAAUAGAAGGAAGAGCAUAAUACAACCCUCAGGAGGGGCUGCGUUCUUUUCGGAUAAGAAACACCGCAGCCCUUUUGCGUCUUUCAAACGGGGAGACUCUCGGGACCUGCAAAUCCCCGAGUCACUACCGGAUGAGGAACGCCCGGGUACUGCAUUGACUACUCAGGAAAGCCACAAUGAAGCUACACGCAUCCCCAGCGAAACCAAUGAUCACGAAGGCCACGGUACGAUGACCUCUAUCCCGGCCACUCAGUCAGUACCAACAAACGGGACAACAUCCCCAGAGCCCCCUGCUGAGACAGGUUUUGCUAUCAGUGACUCAAACCAGCGAGCCCAGCAGAGUGGUGUGAGACGCAAUGUAGGGACCUUGCGCGGCCGGCGUGACGUCCGUAACACAGUGUUCAUUCCUAAUCCACCGCAAGGUAGUGAUGUCCCCACUCUACCAUCUGGGUCUGACGUGUCUAUGCCGGUUUCGCCGGGUCUCCCAUCAAAGCAUGCGGCUUCUCCCAGCAUUGCAACAGAAGAUCAUGCUCUGUCGGAUACAACCUCGGUUCGCUCGGGGCACACCUUGCACGGUAGCUCAGGUGCAGUUGCACACCCUGAUCUCCACGAACCAGGUCUGAACGCGUCUAUCAUUGAAACGGUUAAUGCAUGGUUCUCCGACGGUGUUGUAACCAAGUCAUCCGUCAUCGGAGAGCUUGCAUUAGCAUACAACGGAACCCCCGAGGCGAACACCACAGUUCGUUUAGAAAACUUCCAGGUGCUGGAGAAGGUAGCUGCAAAUCCUCAUUUCGUGAAUGAAGAGAAAGAUAAGGAUUUAUCGGAUGAAAAGAGAGGACAGUACAGCAUACAUAUUCCCACAAUUGCUCGCCCCUCACCGACAGUGGCUUUCAAAUACCAACUUCAUGUUGACCCAUCCGACUCUUCCGCCUACUGUCCGGUUAUUUUCAAACCUGUAUGGAACAUUGAGGAACAUCAGGCUAGUGUCAUCAUCUUCUAUUCCUUGAAUCCGUCGUUUACAUCUUCCUCCCCAAGAGAAUCAAUCACCCUUAAGAACCUAGUUCUAACGGUGAACCUGGAUACAUCUCCUGAGGAAGGGCGAGAAGUGGCCCAUGCCACGAGUGCUGUGAUGUAUCCUAAUACGGGGGCGUCCUUCCGUCGCAAGCACUCGGCAGUGACCUGGAAGAUGCCUGAGUUCGAAGUUAAAACUGGAUCUGACGGCAAGUUGCUGGUUCGAUUCUCAACGCCAACUAGUUGGCCAAGAAAAGGGAAAGUCGACGCAAAAUUCGAGGUCCACACUCCUGAUGCUGGCUCGCGACUGGGGAUCAGUGCCGCGUCGCCAACAGAGGAGAGUACGCCAAAAGGACCUGAUCCUUUUGCGGACGAAGACUCCGGUGCACAUGACGAUACUCAACCCUCCCUCACAUGGAAAGAGGUCCCUACUGCUCGCAAGCUGGUUGGAGGCAAAUAUGUCUCUACCUAG